AUGUGUAUGAAAGGUGGAAAAAUUUUUCAAAACAAGAUCGAUAAACGGCCAGAAUAUGUGUGUAAACGUAGUUUUGCUUUGGAUUUAUUUCUAUCAAAUUCUUCUUAUCCAUCAAUUAUUGCUGAAGGUGCUACUCCACUGGAUGAUAAAUUAUAUGUGAAUGUUCUAAAUAAAAGUUUUCGGAGUAAUGAUAGUAUAUGGGGUCUGAUAUUUAAUUUUGAAUCAAUUAUAUAUUAUCCAUGGGCAGGUGAUCGUAAAAGAUUGAAAUUAUUUGAUAUAACAUAUGGCUAUGAUCGAUCAUUGUACGAUCUUACUCCACGUCCUUGGCUUUUUGCCUGUAUCGAUCGGUUAACUAAUAUUUCGAUAGAAAAAGCAAUACAGAACAAAAAAGAAAUUUCUUCAAACGUAACAACUUAUUGGACUAAUACUCAGCGAAAGGAGUCAUCCAUCUAG